AUGUCGUCCCAUGGCGUGUGCAAAAUGUACAACAUAGGAGGUGACGACACUACAUCUGGGGACUACAGACUCUUCCGAUCUGCUGUUGGAUCCGGUUACAGCCACCCCUGUGUGGCAGAAUUAGCCAACGACUGCGACCGAAAUACCUUCUACCACUCCUUAUAUGGCGAGCGGUACGCCUGGUGGAACGUGGACUUGGGAAGCUCUGUCUCCAUAUACAUCGUCCGUGUCCAUCCUUAUGUUCGGACCCCGGACGUUUAUAACCGUUUUCACGAUGUCGAGGUGAGCGUAGGAAUGGUACCUGCCGUAGGGGGGGAUGCUUCAGCCUACACUGUUCUCGGCCUGUUCAUCGGACCAUUUACCGACGACACUUGCUGCAGCGUUGACUUCUCUCUCGGUUCUCCUGUAUCGGCUCGCUACGUUCACGUGCGGCUCACCACCGCUAACAGUAUUCUUAACGAUUACCUCCUUUUAGAGGAAGUUGAGGUUUUGACUCAAGAAUUCUAG